AUGCCUACUCCUCAACCUCACGAUGCAAGGGGCACCAAUCCGCGAUCGGUCGGAACGUUUGGAAGGAAGGCUGCGAUUGGAUGGAAACGCCUUAAGCAAAAGUGGAGCGUUUUCGCCCGGAAGCAGUCAUCUUUCGAUGAGAAGGUCACCCUUCUCGAUAACCGCAUACAAGAUCUACAAGAAAAGGGCUCGAAAACGGCAGAAAAAAUCGAAGGACUCGUCGGUUUGUACCACGACCUGGUACAGCGGUCCGAAUUUGAGAAGGUACUUUUCCAAGUCGAAAAUCACUCGAAGAUGAGCUCCCCUUGGGAGAACCCGAGCCAUGAAUUUCCAGCGUACGAGGAAGGCAAGCGAUGUAUUACCCAGUCAAAGCAAGACUUUGCAUCUUUUUCUGCCGGUGCAUCAAUCAUUGAACACUUGACGUCCCCAACAUGGAGCUACUAUCGCCAAAUACGACCAUCCCAAUUUCCCUUUGCCAAAAAAUUCCAGAAAAUCUCCGGAAGUCCUCCACUCACCAUACUUGUUUCCGAUCUCAGCCUGGGGACAUGCUGGCCCUUCCACGGAACCUCGGGGCAGAUCGCAAUUCAACUCUCCAGAACAAUCCGAGUCGAGGGAGUCACAAUUGGUCACGUUUCUCAAUCUUUGGCAUACGAUAUCCAAACAGCACCCAAGCAAUUUGAGCUGUGGGGAUUAGAUCACGAAAGUCAGGAAGUUGAGCGAAAUUUAUUACUAGAGGAUUGUCAGCCACAGAGCACAUUUCACA